UCGCUCACUGCGUUCGCCGUGCAGAUCUUAUCUUUGGUAUUUCUUGCCUUCUCGCUCCCCCUUUCUAGAGCCAAACACAACCAUGGCUGCCAUUCGCAAAAUCAUCUUGGGUCUUAUUCCUGCCGAUGGAAUUGGCAGAGAAGUCGUUCCGGCUGCUGUCCGCAUGAUGAAAAACUUGCCCGCCAAGCACAACUUGCAGUUCGACUUUGUCGACCUCGAUGCCGGCUGGGGAACCUUCGAACGCACUGGUGUCGCCCUUCCUGAAAAAACUGUCGAGCGCCUGAAGACCGAGUGUAACGCUGCUCUCUUCGGUGCCGUCCAAAGUCCUACGCACAAGGUUGCCGGCUAUUCUUCGCCCAUUGUCGCUCUGCGUAAGCUUCUCGGCUUGUACGCUAACGUCCGUCCUGUCAAGUCGCUCGCCAACACCAAGGGCAAGACCGUCGACAUGGUCAUUGUUCGUGAGAACACCGAGUGCUUGUACAUCAAGGAGGAGCGCAUGGUUGUCGAGACGCCUGGCAGACGUGUCUCCGAGGCCAUUCGUCGUAUCAGCGAGGAAGCCUCCGUCAAGAUUGGAAAGAUGGCCUACCAAAUCGCUCUUAGCCGCCAAAGAAUCCGCGACGCUGGUGCUGCUUCCAUUCACUCCAAGCCCAAUGUCACCAUCAUUCACAAGUCCAACGUUAUGUCUGUGACCGACGGUUUGUUCCGUGAGUCUUGCCGCUACGCUCAAACUUUGGAUCCUGCUUUCGCUUCCGUCAGCGUUGACGAGCAAAUUGUUGACUCAAUGGUGUACCGUCUGUUCCGUGAGCCUCAAUGCUUCGAUGUCGUUGUUGCUCCCAACUUGUACGGUGACAUCUUGUCCGAUGGUGCUGCCUCCUUGAUCGGUUCUUUGGGUCUUGUCCCCUCUGCCAACGUUGGUGAUGACUUUGUCAUGUCUGAGCCUGUUCACGGUUCUGCCCCUGACAUCGCUGGCCGUGGUAUUGCCAACCCUGUUGCUACGUUCCGCUCUGUUGCCCUUAUGCUUGAGUUCAUGGGUCACCAAGAGGCUGCUGCUGAUAUUUACCGUGCUGUCGACAGUGUACUCAUGGAGGGCAAGGUCCUUACUCCCGAUUUGGGCGGUAAGUCUGGCACCAACGAGAUUACUGACGCUGUCAUCGCCAAGAUGAACUAAGCGAAGAAAAAACGUUUCACGUCUGGUCUCGGGUUUUUUUUCCAUAGAUCAUACCCAAUUUUUUUGUUGAAUAGGA